ACGAAACUGAUUCCCAUGGAAACAUCCUCAUCCUCCGAUGACAGUUGUGACAGUUUUGGUUCGGAUAAUUUUGCAAACACGAAACGCAAGUUUAGGUCGGCUGUUAGAGAGAAACUGGCAAAUGUUUUUCAUGAAGCUUCUGAUGAUGAAUCCUGUGGCUUUUCAGAAAAUAAGAUUCAGGAUGCAUUGAAAUUGGAAUCUAGUUCGGAGGAGAAUGACACAAGUGCUGGGAGAGAGGUAGCUCGGAGAAGGCAGAAAUGCUCUGUUCCUCUAAAAGUAGCCAUGAAGUUUCCGCUUCGGAGAUCGGAGAGGAGGAAGAGUGAGGUGGAACCUCUUCCUGAAAAGAUAAUGCCUGCUCCAGAUUCAGACUCUGACUCUGAAGAAAAGGGUGCCAUGUUUUUAGAAAAAAGAGCUUUAAACAUAAAGGAAAACAAAGCGAUGCUUGCAAAACUGAUGGCUGAGUUGCAAAAUGUUUCUGGUAUCUUUGAUGGGAGAAAAUCAUUGCCAGCUGUCAGUCAUGCACCAAAGCGACUUCCAAAGCGUUUAUUGCCCAGAAAUGCUUUGAGGAGGAACCCAGACCGAAGUUCUCGGCCUCACACAAGAUCCAGGUCCCUGAUUGAAGGUCCUCCCACUCCUUUACCAGAAGAGGAAGACGAUGACCGGUACAUUUUAGUGAGAAGAAGAAAGAUGGCUGAUGAAUACAUGGAGCAUGAAGCCCAAACUCCCAGGAGGGGUCACCGUGGUGCCGUGGCUUUUCCACACGUUGUGCGCCCAGUUGAGGAGAUAACAGCAGAAGAGCUGAAUAAUAUUUGUGGAUCUGCAAGGGAGAAAGUCUAUAACAGGGCCAUGGGAUCCACCUGUCAUCAGUGUCGCCAAAAAACCAUAGACACCAAGACAAAUUGUCGUAACCCUGAUUGCAUAGGAGUACGGGGCCAGUUCUGCGGGCCAUGCCUCCGCAAUAGGUAUGGGGAAGAUGUCAGAACGGCAUUGCUGGACCCGACCUGGAGGUGCCCACCAUGUCGUGGAAUCUGCAACUGUAGCUUCUGCAGACAGCGAGAUGGCCAGUGUGCUACGGGUGUCCUGGUCUAUCUGGCCAAGUACCAUGGCUAUGACAAUGCCCAUGCCUACUUGAAAAGUCUGAAACAAGAACUUGGAAUGGAAGACUGAAGCUGCGACUGCCUUAAAAUUACGUACUGUUUCACCAAUGUUAUAUUACUGCCUACAGUGAAGUGUUUAAUCAAAUGAGAUUACAAAGCCAGUGCCUUCUUCCCUCCGAUUUUGGGUAAAAAAGGAUAAAGAACUU